AUGCAGAAAACUUGCAUUCAGCAGUCGAUUUUAUCAGCGUUUCAAACGCAAAGCGUAAAAUCCCAUUUAUAAGCGUUUGCGGCUGAAAUUUUUUCUUUAUUCUUCCAGUUCCCGAUGCUGUCCAGAGCCUUUUUUUCAUCAUGAAAAUGCAUGCAAAGCGUUAUCAAGGUACAGAGAUGGACAAAACACUAAAAAAAAAAAAAAAAGAUGUUCCUACCAAGGUUGUCACACAUUGUAAUGACCAAUUCACAUAUGAGACCUCUUCCACCCUUGGAAACAACAGAUAUGUUAAUGACCAUUCACACCUCAAAUUCCUCAGG